UUCCUUUUUUUCCUUCUUAGCUGACUUCUUCAAUCUUCAGCUCUCUCUUAACUCUAACUGGAUCUCUCUCUCCAAAACGCGAUUCUCCAGUAAGUGUUGUACGGUCGUGGAGGACGAAAUUACCCUCCGUUUUUCUCCCAAAUUACCAACCUCUGUCCCCGUCUGUUUCUUCUGUUUUCAACUCGGAUUCUAAUUUCAGUCAAAGAUUCUUGCUCACUUUCUCUCCUCAUCGGAAUCCUCUUCCAUUUUCUCUUCUAUUUUCCUUCUCUUUCUCGGCCGAAUGAGCUGAAACUGCAGAGAGUAACAUUAAGAGUGUGUUUGUGUGUGUGUGAGAGAGUAAUGGAUUUCGUUGAAGGUGUCGGAGAGAGCUCGUCGCCGCCGCGGACGUUCGGCGGUUUCAGCAACUACGACGUCAGGAACGAUGUCUACACUCGCUUGGUGGAAACCGGCCACGAUCAGGCUGUGUCGAAUCCCGAUUUUCGAGAACUGCUUGAAGCUCACUUCAAUCGCUUGCCUCCGAGUUAUGGGCUUGAUGUUAAUGUGGAUAGAGCUGAAGAUGUUCUAUUGCAUCAGAGUCUUCUUAGUUUGGCAAGGGACCCGGAAAAGCGGCCUGUCAUCCAUGUACGCUUCUUGGAGAAUAUUUCAGCUCAGACAGAUGGUGAAGAGCAAGAAAUUGCAAGUUCUCAUUCUAGCCCAGGGCCAUCUAAUGAUGCAACUAAUGGAGGAGCUGUAUCCUCUCAUAAGAGGUGUGAAAUCCAGUUUAUGUUUAGUACUCUAUAUAUACACAAGACAAGGGAUCAUGCAACUGACUUUGAGCCUUGCUCGAAGCUUGAGGGCCUAAAUUUGGAUGUUAGAAAGAAUUCCAAGGAUAUAGAGGAAAGAUUUCUUUCAGACAACCUAUCCCAGAGGCAGGAGCAUUUAAAUUUCCCAAUCCAUGAAGUGAUAUUUUCCACCCUUGACAAGCCAAAGCUUUUAAGCCAGCUGUCAGCUUUGCUGUCUGAUAUUGGGCUUAACAUCCGUGAAGCACAUGUUUUCUCCACCACUGAUGGCUACUCUCUCGAUGUAUUUGUGGUGGAUGGAUGGCCAGUAGAGGAAACAGAUGGUUUGUAUGAAGCUAUGGAAAAAGCAGUUGCAAGAAGUGAGGGAUCAUGGUCACGCUCUUCAAAUUCUCUUUCAGCUGUGGAGAAACCCUUAGCUGCAGAAGCAAAAUGUGGAUAUUGGGAGAUAGACAAGAGGUUGUUGAAGAUAGGAGAAAGAAUAGCGUCUGGAUCCUGUGGAGAUUUGUAUCAUGGGGUUUAUAUAGGGCAAGAUGUUGCUGUUAAGGUUAUGAGAUCUGACCAAUUGAAUGAUGCUUUGGAGGAUGAAUUUGCUCAAGAAGUUACAAUUCUAAAGCAGGUGCACCAUAAAAAUGUUGUUCGUUUCAUUGGUGCAUGUACAAAGUCUCCAAAUUUGUGUAUAGUAACAGAGUAUAUGCCCGGAGGAAGUCUGUAUGAUUACUUGCACAAAAACCAUAAUGUCUUGGAGCUAUCUCCAUUACUGAAGUUUGCAAUUGAUGUUUGCAAGGGUAUGGAGUAUUUACAUAGAAACAACAUAAUUCACAGGGAUUUGAAGACUGCAAAUCUGCUGAUGGAUACAGACAAUGUUGUUAAAGUAGCAGAUUUUGGCGUUGCUCGCUUCCUCAAUCAGGAGGGAGUGAUGACAGCAGAAACUGGGACAUAUAGAUGGAUGGCACCAGAGGUUAUAAACCAUCAGCCUUAUGAUCAGAAAGCAGAUGUGUUCAGUUUUUCUAUAGUACUCUGGGAACUAGUGACGGCAAAGGUGCCUUAUGAUACAAUGACUCCGUUACAAGCUGCCUUGGGUGUCAGACAGGGACUGCGCCCGGAACUUCCAAAGCAUGGUCACCCUAAACUAUUAUAUUUGAUGCAAAGAUGUUGGGAAGCAGAUCCAAGCAACCGGCCGAGUUUCCAGGAGAUAACGGUUGAACUUGAGAAUCUUUUACAACAAGUUGAGAAUGAUUCACAAGCUAAUGGUGCUUGACAUUCUCUGUGCAAAUACCUUAAGUUCCAGUUAUUUUCAUGUCGUUGGCAUCAAUCUGGUUUUCACUCUCUUUUCUUCAUUGGCUAAGCUAUAGAGUUUUUUUUUUUGUGUUCCCUUUUUGCAUCGAGAGAGAAAAAUAUAUAGAAGCUGACCAAUACAAAGUUGUAAAGAGACACUAACGUUAUAGCUGAUAAUACUUUUGAUAUAUCCCUGGAAAAAUUAUGUUAAAAUUAAACUACAUUAUAGACCUCAGGCAAAAUCGAAUUAAAUUACAUUGUAAAAAUUCUUCUACAAGAGAAAUACUAUGUUCCACAUGGUUAGUAAAAUGGGUUUUCUGGUA